AUGUUUCGAACUUAUCUAAAUCCGUCGUCAGUUCGAUCGACUUGUCGAUUUCUGUCUUCUUUGCCCACAUAUGAAACUUUAAAAUUAAGUCAACCUAAAUCUCAUGUGGUUCUUGUUGAGUUAAAUCGACCAACGAAGCUUAAUGCGAUGGAUAAACAACUAUUCGACGAGUUGAAAACAUGUUUUGAACAUUUGAAUACGGAAAAGUCGUGCCGUGCAAUAGUGUUAACUGGUGCGGGCAAAGCAUUUUGUGCUGGUAUUGAUUUGAAAUAUUUAUCAAACACUACUGUUAAUGAACUCAGUCAGAUCGAUGAUGUUGCUCGCAAAGCGUUACACACACGACGAAUGGUUCAAAGAACGCAAGCAUCGCUUCGAGCAGUCGAUAAAUGUGAAAAACCAGUGAUUGCUGCCGUUCACGGGCAUUGUAUUGGUGCAGGUGUUGAUCUAACAGCUUGCUGUGAUAUUCGUUACAGUUCACGUGAUGCAUCAUUUUCCGUCAAAGAAGUUGACAUGGGUUUGGCAGCUGAUGUUGGUACUCUUCAAAUCUUUCCAAAGCAGGUUAUUGAUCAUAGUCUAUUUCGUGAGCUUGUAUUCACCUCGCGACUAUUUCGAACAGAAGAAGCACAACAAAUCGGUCUGAUUAGCCGUGUAUUCGACACGCGUGAUGCUCUUCUCGAAGCUGCUGUAUCGCUAGCAAGUGUUAUAGCUCGUAAGAGUCCUGUAGCUGUCCAAGGUUCUAAAAUCAAUUUGAAUUAUGCUCGUGAUCAUACAGUUGAUGAUAACUUUUCGUUUAUAAGUACAUGGAAUAGUGGAAUGUUGCUUACAGAAGAUAUCAUUAAAAAUGUCAUGGCUGCGUCCGUAUCGAAAGACAAAAGUGACAAAAAUGCAUCCGAUGGCGCCGAAUUUGAGGAUAUUUAA